CCUCGCGAUACCACCACCCUCUCUCUUGGCCAUAUAUAUCUGGGUGUCCAAAUUUUUCCACUCUUAUACUGUGUGACUAGUUUGGAAGAGCUAACAGUGGAAAAUGUCUCAGUACUCAGGAAAGAUCGUGUUCUAUGAGGGAAAAUGUUUCACUGGGAGGAAGCUGGAAAUCUGCAGCGACUGCGACAACUUCCAGGACCGAGGCUUCAUGAACAGGGUCAACUCUGUCCGAGUGGAGAGCGGCGCCUUCGUCUGCUUCGACCACCCAGACUUCAAGGGCCAACAGUACAUUCUGGAGCACGGAGAGUACCCUGAGUUCCAGCGCUGGAAUGCCCAUAAUGAUCACAUGGGCUCCUGCAGGCCAAUCAGGAUGCAUGGAGAGCACUAUAGGAUGGAGCUGUUCGAGGGAGACAACUUCACUGGCCAGUGUGUGGAGCUGUGCGAUGACUGUCCAUUUCUGCAAGCACGAGGCCUGACCAAGAACUCUAUCAACUCCAUCAAGGUUUAUGGAGAUGGAGCCUGGGUGCUGUACGAGGAGCCUAACUACCGCGGCCGCAUGUACAUCGUGGAGAGAGGAAACUACUGCACCCACAUGGAGUGGCAGGCAGAGAACCCCAACAUCCAGUCUGUUCGCAGGGUGGCAAACUACUUUUAAAACCCUCUCACUGUCGCUGAUAAUGUGACUGCAGGGAUGAGAACACCCGGUGAGGGAAAACACCGUAAAUUAAUAAAGGAUGAA